CAAAAUAUUUAUAAACAAUAAACACCUAAUGAAAUACUGCAUUUGAAGAAAGCGGAAUAAUAAGAAGGCAGUAUCUGACAACAAAUUUAAAAUUCAAGAAAAACAAGAACAAUUUUUUUUUUAUAAAUAUGAAAAUAUUUCUUCAUCUGCUUACAAUAUAAAUAACAAGAAAUUUAUCUGACCUUAUGGCCCAUUAAUGGAAUAGAAUAAUAUGGAAAUGGAACAACUUAUUUAUCGGGCAAUCGAUUAUUUAAAAAAAAAACAGCGGCUUGUGUUGUGAUAAAGGCAGUUAAACAAGUUAUCGAUAAUGUUUAUUGGUAAAGCCUUGUGAUGUUUUUAGGUCCCCAUAUACAAGAUACAUAUGUAUAUAUUUAUAUAGAUUCAUUUGGAAACACUUUCUUCUCAACAUAUUAACAAAAAGUCAAUAGAUUAAAAGCAACUUACUUAAGACGUUUUUACGACUGGUUAAAAUUGGAAUACCCAGUAAACAUACAUACAUAUGUAUGUAAACGGAUUAAGGUAAGAGGAAGCCACCAAACAUCCUUAAAUAUGGAUCAAUGAACGCAGACAAGAACAACCUGUCUGUCAGACAUCCCAUUAGAAACUACUGUGUACAAAGACAUCAAUUGGAAUUUGUGGAAACAUAUAAAUAUGUGUAUAAAUGUACAUAUUUAAGCACAUACAAUAAAUAUGUAGUCAUUAGCUUCAUUUAUAGCCGGUGUGUGCUCCCAGCAUGGCAAGUGUUUAUCACUCCGUGGGGCAUAAACUUUCUUACAUAUUUGUACAAAGCAGACGAAUUCAAUUUCAUUAAUGUAUUGGCUAUAUACUCAGAGGACUUGUACCACUGCCUGGGUGUGUACAUAAGCCAAAUGUGUUUACUCAUAAACAAUUCGCGUUUGCUCGCGAAGAGGAAUUGCGAAGACGCUUAGUGCUCAGUUCGGUAAAUCAGCUAACUGCAUACGGUUCGACUUUUAUAUUAUUGCCCUCCCGAUAACGCUUCAAUGAUAAGAUAUGAAAAGUCCGUUCUAAGAAAGAUACAAACAUUACACAAGACGCCCUGAAAUUGGUCAUUGCAAAUUGAAAUCAAUUCGUAAACAACAAUGAUCAACGGACUAACUCUAGUAUUUCUGACUAUAAGUGGCAUUAUUUCAAAAGGGUGCACCGUUCGAAUAUGUUGCACCCCAAAUUCAAUAUUGUUUAAAUACCGCGACGCGAAUAACUCGGAUAUUUACCAAUGUGCUUCCAAUGGAACCCUGAACCUUAAACAAUUUCCGGUUCCGAUUGAAGUAAUAGGCGAAAUGAUAGCCCCACAAGGCCUGGGAUUAGAGGGACCGGAACCGCCCCAUAAUGACUCAGAUAUCCUCUUAUACGAACUACCAAAGUGCAAAAACGUUACUAUUCUAAACGUAACUGAUCAAAGUGAAAGUUCGUUGUAUCUAAAAAAUAACUCCUGUGUUGGCCAAUUAGAAAAGCGAAAGCUCAUCGUAUUGUCUUGUGAAUUUGAAAAGAAUGUGUUGUCUCAAAGUGUUAAAUAUGUAAACAAGUGCUGCCCACUGGGCUCUAUUUACGUUUCCGAAAAUAAUACGUGCAUUGGUCUUGGCGAAACCGAUUUCUUUGUUUACUCUUCCAUCAUCAACAAUCCAAUUAUAUUUUUUGAUAACUACUCCCUCCAAUGUUCGGAUAAUCAGGCCUAUGUGGAAUAUACGGUAACAGCAAAAAUAGUGAAAUUUAGUGAAAGUUCGUUGGUUUGGAAGGAUGGAUCGAACAGCUUGCCAUUAUCAAAAUUUUGCAUAGAUGCCAUUUAUGAUGAUUAUGAAAUACAGUCGAAAAGAAGGUAUUCUUCGAACCAAAAGUAUCUGGUUCAAGCGUGUCAGGAAAGAAAAGUUUGCCAAAGAUUGCCGUGCAUCCGACGAUGCUGUGGCGAGGGCGAAAUGUAUGCCAAAGGAAAUUCCAGUACCUAUUGUAAGAGCGACGAGACAGAUAUUGACUUUCAUGGUUUUCAAAACCUCAACAUAAACGCAAAUUUCUCAAAGCCAUCAGAUUUUGGCAUACUUCACAGAUUACAGUGCCAAAAAUUUCGGUUGGAUCCCGACAACUUUCCAGACGAUGCGCACACUAUAAACUCCUCUGACGGAUCACUUAUAAUUCAAAAUACUCGAAAACGUUAUACAAAUACUCAAUAUUGUUUAGAACGAGUAAGACCAAAUCAAAAGCUGUACACAUUCCUUUGUUUUGACACAAAAGUUGUUGGCAAUGAUCACCUUCGGUUUCGAAUGUAUCCGAUUGGUCUCCUCAUAUCCUGUUGCUUCUAUGCCAUGACCUUAAUUGUUUACAUAUCGAUUGCGAAAUUAAGGAAUCUUCCUGGCAAAAUUCUAAUUUGCCUUGUAAUCAGUCUGUUUUUGGCGUAUAUGGGCAUAGCUUUGGGUCAAUUAAAGCCCACAUCCAAUGAUGACGUCUGCUUCAUUUCUGGAUUUUUCGUAUAUUUUUGCUUGAUGGCAGCCUUUUCUUGGAUGAAUAUCACUUCCUUUGACAUAUGGAAAACUUUCGGAUCCACGAAAAUAAAAAGCUGCGAAAAAAGCGACCAACGACGGCAGUUUAUUUGGUAUUCCUGCUAUGGCUGGGGACUCCCCACUUUAUUAACCGCCAUUACAGUGGCAUUUACAAAAUCCAAUGUUCUACCCGACGUUUUUCGUCCUAAUUUUGGCCACGGUCGUUGCUGGUUUACAUAUGAUUCCUUUGGGUCAGCCAGCUUAUUGUUUUUCUCAGGUCCCGUUGGAAUACUUUUCAUUUUCAACCUAAUACUUUUCGUGCUCACCAUGAAGUAUUGCAAUAAAGUGAAGAACGAAAUCUACAAGAUGCAGAGCUUAAACAGCGAGAAGCCAGUGCUGAAGAGACGCUUCUUUCAAGAUAAAACCCGAUUUGUAAUGAACACCAAGUUGUGCUUUGUAAUGGGCAUCACAUGGCUUUUGGAAAUAGUUAGCAUUAUAUUUUAUGAUCAUAAGAAAACCUUCUUUUGGACCAUAAGCGAUUCGUUCAAUGUUCUCCUGGGCAUAUUUGUGUUUUUCAUUUUUGUUUUUAAACGACGAAUUUGGAAUGAAAUCCUAAUGAAAAUAGGCCUACAAGCAGAUACUAACGUCGCAUCGAACAGGAAUCGCGUCGGCCUGACCAAAUCCUAUGCACCAAGCAGUACAGCAAUGACCACGCUUAGGUCGACGCCCGGCAGUUGUGAGAUGGCUCGAAAAACCUCUACAACAACGCAAGCAGAACAUGAAAUUAUGCUUUAGACGCUUUAACAAUGUGUAUCACUACGUAUUUAUAAUUUUUAGAGCUUUAUGAGAACUAGUCCGCGCACUUCAAAACCUAAUAAUACUGUAUAGUUUAGCUGUGAACCGAAAUAUU